AUGGCCAUGGAUCGUAUCAAAGAGCAACUGGAAGCCGAACACACGUCUUCGCUGCUGUGUGCUAGCAGAGGACAGAGCGCUGACCUCAUUCUCGUAGACGGUGGGCUUUGUCAGUUCCAAGGUGCUACUGGGCACCCGAACAUCGCUGCGACAGAGGGCGGAAAGCAAGUGCACAUCACGAGUCAUGUCAACAACACCCCGUGGCGGCACAAAGUUGCUGACAUCCGUGGAGAAAACGGGGAGCCGGCUUACCAUGUAGUCUCACAGAGCUUCAAGUGUAGGCGCCACGAGGGAGCCGGACUGACGCGGCGCUUCGCCUCGGAGGUGUACUGUCCUCAACACAUAUCCGUAGACAACCAUCUGAAGGAGUUGAUGAACAUGGUCACGCCAAAGGGAUUCGGAGCGAAGUCACGGGAAGCAGCAAGCCUACCUGUGUCUCGACCCGACGUUCGAGGAGGCUCUAGAUCCUGUGCCGGAGUGUGCUGUGCCGUGGAGCUGGCGGGUGGCAAUCUAGUGGUUAUGGCCCUGGAGGAACUGGAGAUACGCGAUUUGGAUCAUGUUACUCAAGUCUACGCUGCUCUGCUAAGCGCUCAUGUCAGACUACUGAAGCUUGUCAUGCCCAGAGUCAUGUGGAAAGAAGUCCCUGUGGUCAUAGUGUUUGAACAAAACACCUACGUCAAUGCCCUGGUCGAUGUGAAAAAUCUAAUCAAUCACUCGCUAGCACGCUCCGGGUUCAAGGUGCUGUUCUACAACAAGUGGUCACAUAUCAACAACAAGUACAUGCUGGGGAAGCACGUGGGCGCAAGCACCAAACUCGCUAUGGUUCUCAGUACGGUGUCGGCGAUCAAUAGAGAAACGCUGUAUUACUGUGACACCGUCAUGUCCCUGGGCUGGGCAGUGUUAUCCGAGGCCAUAAAGAAAACAAACAUACUUGAAUCGAGCAUGGGCACCGCACGGGGUUCGGGCUCAAGUAGUAAGAUGGGCUCCACUAAGGAAGUGUCCAUGUACAGGCGCUCGCAAAGGGGAGUCAAUUUGGCCACAGAUAUCACAGCGAGUGUAUUGGAGACAUGCGACGUCAUAGCGUUGCCUGAGGCUAGGCUCGCUGACAAGACCCAUGCACAGCAAGGGAAAGUUCUACUCGGGAAAUUGAGAGAAGAACUGUCUACGGUCACUAUCACCGAGUCCGCUAAAGGUGGCACGGUGACCACAGGGGGCAAGAAAUCUGUAAACGGAGAGUACACCAGAGACGACAUGCUCUCGGCCUUCUUGCUUCUAUGUCACACGAGAGACGAGAUACACGGCCAAGACAGGUCUAUCAGACUCGGCGGCGAGGUUUAUUGCAACUAGCAUGCAUGCAUGUAUGUACUAUGUGUGUCAUUGUUCCUGCGACUUGAUCUGAUAAUAAAGAAAGUACACCAUAGAGAGUCUCGGUUGUUGUUUU